GCCAUUCCCCUCGACCUUUGCUUUCCUGCUCCGGUCCAAGCCGCCUUCACUGUGCGCCGCUGCUGCCAUGUCUGCCCCCACGUACGAACCGGAGAACGGGCUCGCUGAGCUCCGUCACCGCGAAAGCACCACUACCGACGAUGACGACGAGAAGCAUCUCGGAAAGAACGAGAAGCACGUCAAGGUCUCUCAUGAGGAGUAUGAGCCCGACACACACGACAUUACCAAGCCGUUCCCUGUAGACCCGGAUGAAAUCGAGGAGACCCACCAGCUCACCUUCCGUGCGAUUUUCGUGGGGUGCUGUCUUGGUGCUAUCGUCGGUGCCUCCAACAUCUAUCUCGGCUUGAAGACUGGCUUCACGUUCGGCCCCCAACUUUUUGGUGCCAUUUUCGGUUUCGCGAUCAUCAAGCCCCUCUCUAAGGCCCUCCCUGAGACCGGCAUCAUUGGACGUGUCCUUGGCGGCCCCUUCGGGCCCAAGGAGAACUGCACGGUCCAGUCCGCCGCUACCGCUUCCGGUGGUAUCGGUAUCCUCUUCGUCUCCGCCGUCCCGGCGAUGUACCGGCUCAACCUGCUCUCGGAACUGCCCAAGCUCGAUAUUGGAAAGCUGAUCGCUCUGACCGUUUGCGCGAGUUUCUACGGCGUGUUCUUCGUCAUCCCGCUCCGAAAGUACUACAUCGUCAAGCAGAAGCUCACGUUCCCCACGCCUGCCGCCACCGCCAUCACGAUCCGUGCGCUCCACAACAGCCGCACUGGCGCCGUUGCCGCGCGCAAGAAGUCUCUUGCACUGCUGUACUCGUUCCUCAUCGUGUUCGUGUACAAGGUCAUGACCGGCUACGCGCCCGGCCUCAUCUUCGACUGGCACAUCGGCUGGACGCUCUACCGCCUCGGUUUCACGAGCAUCAUCGCGCUCGAGAACUAUGGCUGGUUCAUUGAAUUCACCCCCGCGUUCUUCGGCGCUGGUAUGCUUUCUGGUAUCAACGCUUCGUGGAGCUUCUUGGGCGGUUCAGUCCUCGCUUGGGGUGUCAUCGCCCCCUCCCUGGUCAAGAACGGCCUUGCUUUCGGUGUUGCUGCUUCGGACGAGUUCCCGCUCGUGUCGUACAACAGCCUGUCGUUCUCGGACCCCGACAAGUACACCUCCGCGCCGUCUCCCCGUUACUGGCUCCUUUGGCCCGGUGUCCUCAUGAUGUUGCUGUACUCCUUCGCCGAUCUCGCCAUGAACUCUGGUGACAUCGCUCGCAACAUGUACAAGGCCGGUAUCAACCUGAACAUCCUCUCUUGGUUCCGUGAGGACCCCAACUACAACGCUGAGGAGGAUGAGGAUCUGUCCCCGCGCGAGGACCGUGUGCCCACGCUCUGGUGGACCACCGGUCUGUUCCUCAGCAUCGUCAUGUCCUGCGCGAUCCUCGCGACCAUGUUCAACAUGAACGUCGGCGAGGCCAUCCUCUCCCUCGUCCUCGGCUUCUGCUUCUCGUUCAUCGGCGUCCAGAGCGCGGGCACCACCGACGUCAACCCCAUCUCCACUGUCGCGAAGGCUUCGCAGCUUAUUUUCGGUGGCGUCAGCAAGGGCGCCGGCCUCGCCAGCGGCCCUGCGCAGACGGUUAACUUGACUGCUGGUGUCAUUGCCGCCGGCUCCGCCGCCCAGUCCACGGACAUGUGUGGUGACCUCAAGACCGGGUACCUGCUCCGCGCGAAGCCGCGAAACCAGUUCAUCGCGCAGCUGUGCGGUGCCGUCGUCGCCGUCUUCCUCAACGUCGGCCUCUUCAUCCUCUUCACCACCGCGUCGCCCUGCAUCCUGCACCCCCCAGAGACCGGCGAGUGCACGUACGGCGCGCCCAGCGUCAGUGCGUGGGCGGCCGUCGCUGUCGCCGUCACCUCGCCCAAGCUCCCCAUCCCCAAGUCCUCCGGAUUCACCGCGAUCGCGCUCGGCAUCUUCGCCGUCCUGUCCGUCGUCGUCAAGCACCUCUGGAUCCCGAAGAAGCACUGGCACUGGGUCCCGAAUUGGAACGCCGUCGGCCUCGCGUUCGUCGUGCCCCAGGUGUACUACUCCAUCGCGAUGGGCGCCGGCUCGAUCUUCAACUUCGUCUGGGCGCGGAGAAGCCCACAGGGCUUCGACAUGUACAUGUUCGCCGUCGCGGCGGGCAUGCUUGCGGGCGAGGGUCUCGGUGGUGUGCUGCAGGCACUCCUCGCGGUCGCGAAGGUCGAUGGUGGUCUGUACGGCACCGCUAUUGGCUGCCCAGGACUUGAGUUCUGCGGUUAAUCGCCUCCGUCCCCUUCGCAAGUUCUAUCAUCUGGUGUCUGUUGUAGGUACUAUUAUAUCCUAACUUGGGGCCUGCCAUUGUGGUGCGGGAGACUGGGACCGCGCUCUGUAGUAUGUAAGUGUUCGCUGUAAUGUAAUUUCCCCUCAAAUCUCCCUCCC